CUCAUUCAUCCCAAUAAAACCAAUGACAUCGGAAAAUCCCAAAAAGUCGCAGCUUUACACACGAACAGGCGACCGAGGCGAAUCUUCUCUCUACAAUGGCGAACGUCGCCUCAAAACCGACAGGAUCUUUGAGGCUCUUGGAUCUGUGGAUGAGCUCAACUCGAGUAUUGGGAUUGCACAUCAUUAUUGUGCAAAGUCUGCCAAUGGUCUCGAGAGUCAAUUGAUUGAGAUCCAAUGCAAUCUUCAGGAUAUCGGAUCAAACAUCGCUACACCUAGACAUGAUGCUUCUGAGACUCAACUGCAUAAUACAACUUUCGAUGAAGGUCAUGUAGAGACAUUGGAACGUUGGAUUGAUGUGUUAGAUUCGCAACUUCCCCCACUUCGUAACUUCAUCUUGCCAUCCGGUGGUGAGUCUAGCAUCUUUUUGCAUCAAGCCCGUUCCAUCUGUCGACGUGCUGAACGUACCACCAUUCCAGUUGUCGAGGCUCAGGAUGCGGACGAAACUGUGCUAAAGUAUUUGAAUCGUUUGAGUGACUAUCUAUUUGCAGCUGCUAGAUAUGCAGCCAAGCACGAUGGAUUGCAGGAAAACGUUUACAAGAAAGCUAAGAGUGGUCGUGAGGCAUCUGUGCAGACUCGCGCACUUUAGUACAAAACAAAACAAAAC